CCCACCGGCCCCAGUCGCCCUUCAAUAUGAAUCUCCACAGAAAGGGCCGCGAACACCAGAAUACCCGCGCUUGAACGGCUUCAUUGCUAGUGCAUUCCAGGGGAAAUUGUUCGAGCCCAUGUCAAGCCGGCUAUUUGGGAGGUCGCGGUUCAGAAACCCGGGUUGAGCUGGAAGAUCGUCUGCUUCUCAUAUAUAACCACCAUGGUCUAAGUAUCGUCGUUCUUCUUCGACACUGCAAAGUCCUCAUCGAUCCCGUCACCGUCCAGUUCGAGAUGUUGUUCAACACCGUUACCACGGCUCUUGCCCUCGCCUCUACGGCGGCCUGCAUGCCAUCGCAUGGCGUGGAGGUCCGUCAAGCCAACGCUCUCAAUGCCGCCAUGGUCGCCAAAGGACGCCAAUACAUCGGCACCUCGCUCACCAUCCGCAACGACAACCAGGAGCAGAACAUCAUCCGCAGCAACGAGUUUGGAUCCAUCACGCCCGAGAACGCCAUGAAGUGGGAGUCGACGGAGCCCAGCCGCGGAAACUUCAACUUCGCCGGUGCGGACCAGAUUGCCAACUUCGCCGCGCAGAACAAGAAGCAAAUGCGCUGCCACACGUUGGUGUGGCACUCGCAGCUGCCCAGCUGGGUCAGCAGCAUCAACAACAACGCCACGUUGAUCCAGGUCAUGACCAACCACAUCCAACAGGUCGCGGGAAGGUAUAAGGGCAAGUGCACGCACUGGGAUGUUGUGAACGAAGCCUUGAACGAGGAUGGAACGUACAGGGACAGCGUCUUCCUGCGUGUGAUUGGCGAACAAUUCAUCCCCAUUGCCUUCCGCAUCGCCGCGUCUGUCGAUCCCCAGGCGAAGCUCUACUACAACGACUACAACCUCGAGUACGGUGAGGCCAAGCACCAGGGAGCUCUCCGCAUUGUCAAGCUUGUCCAGUCCUGGGGUGUCAAGAUUGACGGCGUCGGUCUCCAGGCCCACAUGACCAGCGAGGCCACCGGAACCCAAAAGGUCGUUACGCCCUCCACCGAAGUCCUGACCAAGGUGCUUCAAGACUACGCCGACCUGGGUGUCGAUGUCGCAUACACUGAGAUUGACGUCCGCAUGAACACUCCCAGCAACCAGCAGAAGCUCCAGACCCAGGCUGCCGCUUACGCCCGCCUUGCCCAGAGCUGCAUGAACGUUGAACGAUGCGUCGGAAUGACCAUCUGGGGCGUUUCUGACAAGUACUCUUGGGUCCCGCAGACCUUCCCCGGCGAGGGUGACGCUCUGCUGUGGAACAACAACUACCAGAAGAAGCCGGCGUACACUUCCUUCAUCCAGGCCAUCAACGGUGGUGGCCGGGCUAAGAGCAAGAACUGGUAAAGGGUCGGGAGAGAAAAAUUGUAG